GUGGGCUGGAUCAUCCUGGAUGUUGACUGAACAAACACUAGAACUCAACUUUGCCCUCACACUAAAACAAGCACAAAAUCACUUCUAUCACUGAAGCUGUGCGGGUUAACAUGCGUCAUCCGUGAGAAUCUGAGUGAAGGACUGAAGAAGUGAAAGUUUACUUGUUGAUUAGAUUUCUGUCGCUUUAAAUCAAACGCGCGCGAUGUUCGGCCAGACUUUGCGACCCAGACUGUGUGUCCUGGAAAAGGGCGAGAACGGCUACGGCUUCCACCUCCACGGGGAAAAGGGCAAAGUCGGCCAGUUUAUCCGUCUGGUCGAGCCCGAUUCCCCUUCCGAGCUGUCCGGUCUGCGCGCGGGCGACAGGCUCGUGUUCGUCAACGGAGAGCGCGUGGAGACCGACAACCACCAGCAGGUCGUGGCACGAAUACGCGCGACCGCCGGUAACCUGGAGCUCAUAGUGGUGGAUAUGGACACGGAUCAGCUGCUGAAGAAAUACGGCUUGAAGUGUGUGAAGGAGUUUGUCACGGAAGGUGUUCCGGUGCCUGAGUUUGAUGAGCCCGAGAUUGACGAGGAGAUGAUGGGAAACGGCGAACCGAGAGACUCUCCACCACCCCCGCCGGUACCCGAGAGGAACGUGCAGAUCAUUCCCGUCCACAUCCCUGCAGAAGAGAAACUCAGAUCACCCGUGAGCUCGGAAACGGACUUGAAGCUUCAGCUCAGGCCGCGGCUCUGUGUCAUUAGGAAAGGCCCAAAUGGCUUCGGCUUCAACCUGCACAGUGAAAAAUCCAGACCCGGCCAGUACAUCAGAGCUAUAGAUGACUACUCGCCGGCAGAGAAGUCCGGUCUGAGGCCCAAGGACAGAAUAAUACAGGUGAACGGGGUUUCUGUGGAGGACGAACAGCAUUCACAGGUGGUGGCUACCAUCAGAGCCGGUGGAGACGAAACAUCUCUGGUGGUCGUAGAUCCAGACACGGAUGCUUUCUUUAAGAAGUGUGGCGUGACGCCCACCGCCGAACACAUCACAGGAGCAUUACCUGAACCUCUGCUCAACGGCAACAUGGAUGAUAAGAUUAAUGGAAACGUGGCCAAAGAAGUGGAGCUGAAGGACUCAAAGUCAUCGGUCAGUCCGUCCCCAUCAAACGCAUCCUCCAACGCCUCCCUGACGACUCCACCCACUGAGACUCCGCCCCCUGAGACCGUGGAGGGGUCUAUCGUAGAUGCCAUACCAGAGCUGAAUCUGUCCAUACAGCAGGUGAAGGAACGCGCUCAUCAGAAGCGCUCCAAUAAGAGAGCGCCACCUAUGGACUGGAGCAAGAAAAAUGAACUCUUCAGUAAAUUAUAAACCUCCUGUCAUCCACUUCUGUUUUCCUAAGAGAUUUUAUGAGGUUCAGGUCAGUUGACUGAGUGUAUGUAUGUACAGUGUGUACAUAGCCUACACACAGAUUUAUAUUGUAUUCAGAAUGAUAUAUUUCACUUACUAACACUAUUUUAGUAAACUAGCAAUGGGACAUCUGUGAUGUUUUACAAUCAAGGCUGUGAUGGGAAUGAAGUACUAAUCCCCUGCUCACUAAAUACUGCGCAGUAUACAAUGUAUACUGUCUGAUGUUGUUGUUUUUAUAAAUUGUAAAUGAAAUUGAAUCAUAGAGAGGAUUGCUGUUAAAAAUCAUGCUCGAUGUUACACUGAAAGUGAAAGGUCAAGGCGAUCACGUUGCAUUAUGGGAUAUAAUAUUCCAUGCAGUGUGAUAUGUUAUCUAGUACAUUUUUUUCAGGUAUACCUUAUAGUUGACAUACUGUGUAGCACGAAAUGUGAGUGUGUUAGUAUGCUAUUCCAUAUCUAAUCCACUGUGUAUGUGAUAUUCUCAGCAGGUGUGUGUGUGCAGGGUUUGAUGCAUGAAGCCCUGCUGAGGUGCAAAUGAGUUAUAACCAAACAAUGAUGUUCAAUAGGUGUUUGACUAGAAAUUCUGUUAAGAAACAUUUAGCUUUUAUAUAAUGAAGGACCAAAUGAACAGCGUCAAUAGAAAUGCAUCUUAAACUCAACUUUCACGGUCAACCAAUGAUUGCAUUUACAAUAUGAAAUGAAUGACAGAUCAUUUACAGGAUAAGCAUCUUCACACAGCCUGCGUUCCGGGCACUGAGGUAUUUUCAGACGCCUGCCAUUUAAUUUGUAUUUUUAUAUCUGUAGUGCGUGCUAUUGCGUAAUACUGCACUUUUUUAAUCACUGUGAUGAAUUCAUUCUUGUAUGCGUGCACAUGUAAAUGUAAUUUCUUUGUAACAAUAAAUGUAUAGCUCACACACACCUGGCACGCAAUGUAAUGUGCAUGUAACCGUAUGUCAUGUAUCAACAUACCCGUCGCUCUAGGUAAAAGUAAUUUUGUUCGAUGCGUGUCAAGAGCAUUUCAAUCGAUUUAAAUCUAUAUUUUAUCAGCUCCAAACCAUGAAAAUGUCAACUAAAUGCAAAAGGGUCAAAAUUCGUACUCUUUUCGAAGUACUUAAAUGUCAUGGCUGUACAAUAAAAAAACAACAAACAAAUAUCUAAAUUCAUUUAAUAGAAAUUGAAAUGAAAUUGAACUAAGGGAAGUCAAUGAAAUGCAAAAACAACACAGAAACCAAUUCUGAUGGUUCUUACAUCAUCUGUUAAGACAACGAUGUGCAAUGUGACCUCACUAAUGCAGUAAGAAACUGGAUCUAUACCUGACAGAUGGAUUUGGUACUGAAUGAUUAUUAUUUCAAAGUAAUUAAAACAGUAAUUCAGAACACAUAUAAUUAUUAACUAAUAACGUCACUAAUAUAUAGUGGCAAGAUACGCUUGUCCUUAAACUGGUUAAAUGUUAUGUUGACCUCAGAUAAAAAAAAAGAGAUCACAGUAAUUAGACAAUUGGAAUAAAAUAAGAAAGUUGAAACAUGUUUGGCAACAGUGUGGGAAUUCAACAUGAAGAACAUCCAUAUCAAACCAUGUGCAACGGGGAAAUGUCUCUGGAUUCAUUUUCAUGACUUUAGCUGCAAGAUCAUUCUGUUAACAUUAGCCAACAUUUGAAUAAAAAUAUACAUAUACUUUGGUACAACAAACAGAUUUGCUUCCCAAUCAAAUAUACUUUUUAGUGUACAAUAUACAUAAUUUGAUAAAGUUUAAAUACUAUUUAGACUAAUAUAAGUU